AUGAAAGGAAACGUUUUACAGAAAAUAUCCACCAGUAUAGGGUACAUCCAAGGUAGCCACACAGUAACAAGAGAUGAAGAACUUCUUUACACGAACGGCAGUAAAAACAUUGUAUAUAGAUUAAGUAGUGACAUGACUAUCAACAAGGUUAUCCAGACAGGGAGUUGGCAACCUGGAGCCAUCUUCUCCUCUCCUAUCAAUGAACACAUAUUGGUCGGGAUGAAGAGAAAUACAGAAGAUAAAAUAACCAGAUACAACAAAGAAGGAAGAAAGCUACAGGACAUACAGUGGGAUGGUAAAGGACAAGAACUCUACAAUAGUGUCACAUACAUCACAGAAAACAUUAAUGGUGACAUCUGUACAUCAGACAAUGUAACCCGUAAGGAGGUAGUGGUGGUGACCGCAUCAGGAGAUUAUCGUUUCUCUUCCUAUGGCCAGGAGACCCAGGAUGGAUUCUGGCCCUUUGGAAUCUGUACGGAUGUUAUGGGACACAUUUUGGUGUGUAAUGGCUACAAUAAGAAAUGCUCUAGUGUCCACCUGAUGGACAUGGAUGGCCAGUUCCUGUCUUUCCUACUCACACCAGAACAAUGUCCCCCACUUCCCCGUGCUCUCUGUAUUGAUGAAAAACACAAUCUCUGGGUCGGGGGAUUACAUAGUUCUACUGUCAUAGUGUACAAAUAUUUGCAGGAAACAGAAAAAUGA